CCACACGCAAUUUACAUUUCCGCUGCUUACCCGUCAUGCAAAUUGCCUUCGCCGUUGCUGGUUUGGUCGCGUCCGCUGCGUAUACCACCUCCCACGUGCACCCUCGUCAUGCUGCUGUGGCUUCCACUUUCUGCACCAAUGUGAGCGUCGUGGACGAUGCCACGUAUUGCGUGCGAUCUGCGGCGCUCAAGGCAAGGCAUGCCCGAAGAGGGGCGACGUCGCCGUCGUGCACUGCCUCCACAUCCUGUUGAGUUUUGUGCGCGCGACUUCCAAGUGCGUCGAAUGGGACAUGCGAAAGGAUCCUGAUGCCGUGUCUGAGGACGAAUAG